UUAUCUCGACUUCCUUUCACAAACGUGCUGAAAAGGAAGCCAAGAGAGUCAGUGCAGCCGCUUGAUAGGAAAGGAAUUGAACUAUUUUAGUUCCAGUGUAGCUAGCUGCACAGCACGGACUAUGAAGCGGAGCAAGAUCUUUGGUCUUGUUUUCUUUUCUUCAUGUAUCUUCUUCAGUUGCGCCUUUGAGGACGAAAUUCAAGUGAUUAACGGUGACCUUGGUGAUCUCCAAUAUGAGCCAUUGGAUCCCCUUCACUUUGCUAACGAAGAACAAAGGGUUUCUGUAGUUGAGCGUGAUAUCCCAAGUCACACCGCGGCCCGAGUGCGACGUCAAGUACUUGUGUUGGGCGGCGGGCUUAAGGUCCAGGACCUCACUGCCAAGCAAGAUUGUGAUGGGAUUCUACUGCAGUGGAACAGGCUCAAGCUGCCAUUUAGUCCAGAGAAACCCACAUCUAAUGGGGAAUUUAAACACUUCAAUAUUUAUCGGAGCACGAGGUAUUUUAACAAUGUCGCGGGUAUGACGCCUUACGUGUCUGGCGAGCGGGACCAGUCCCUGCAGAGCCCGGGUAAAAUCAAGUUCAAGGACAUGUACCCCCCGGUUAACAUGGAGCUUUAUUAUGCUGUGACUGUUGUGGAUGGAGAGGGGCAGGAGGAGAAAGCCGUAGAAGCCAAAAAGGUCGCUUUUGCAGGAGCAACUAAAAAGUCAGGACCAUUGUUUAAGAUUGUUCCGGGAUUCCUUAGCCGUCAAGGAAAGGUUUUACAUCACAGUACCGCGUGGAAUUCCAACAGAAACGAAUAUCUUGUGGCGUUUGAUUUUGAUGUCGACAAUGAUAAUCUUCCCGAUCAACUUUUUGCCUUGAGACUUGAUACUUUUGGUGGGAUUGUGGACAAGAAAAUGCUGAAUUUUACUGCUAAUAUCAACAAGAAAGCAGGAAAUCAAGGCUGGCCGUCUGUAGCUUACAACAUCAAGAGUGACGAAUACAUGAUCGCUUUCCAGUUUCGUAGCGGUGUCAGAGAAUACUUCAACAACAAAUAUAUCAUUAUCAGCCAGAGAGUGAUGAGCUCACAGACCGAGAGGGCGGCCGGGCCUUCUCUGCUCGUGAAGGGUACCGGGAAGGGAGGGCCUCAAGCGUGGAUCGACGCAAUGAGCCCUAUUAUCAAGUACAAUAGUGCCACAGGAGGUUAUGUGGGAGCUGUCAUCUUGGAGGAAACUCGCAAAGAAGUAACUGGCUUGUUCGUUGACUCCAAAGGCAAAGUGUUAAAGGUGGAUUCAAUCUGUAGCUUCAAAGGUGAUGCUUAUGAACCCAAUAUCUUCUUCGACUCCAAGAGAGACGAAUUCUUUUUCACCUGCACCGUAGAGAAUGGGGGAAUCGCUAACGCCGAUUUCGAAUUGAAGUCGGGCGUUCAUAUGGUGGUUCUUACCAAACGGGAUAGUAACGGGGAGCAUGCGUCUAACACAGAGAAGGCUGAGACAAAGAACUUUGUUGGUUAUACCAACAACACGCUUGCAAAGACAACUGGCUACUACAAUGAACUCACUGACAGAUUGAUCUUAUUUUGGGAAGAUAACGACAAAGGCAAGCCUUUUAUUUCAACAGCCUCGGUCCUAUUGACACGUCAGCGUUACAUUCGGGAUGUAAAACCGUACAGUUGCUUGGAAACAAAGCGAGUGAGAACGCCGUCAGCUGUCUACUUUCCUAUAACCGGCCAUCAUUUUCUCUUAUGGCAAGAACAAGGUCGAGGAACAUGGGUGAUUGGGGGAGAACUUCUACAAGGUAAUCUCCAACUUACGUUUGGCAGGCAACAAAAGAAUCCUGUCACACUUUACAAUAGCAACCUCCGAGGUGCAUUUGUCACGUGGCAGGAGGCGGGCGUGGUAUUGGCCCGCCAGAUUACCAUGGCAGCGCGACCCCUUUGCAGUCCACUCUGUACAUCACAGCAGACUUGCGCAAUGCAAGAUAAGUGUGUCUCGAAGACAGGCGACUCUUGCACAUUUAACAACGGCGGUUGCAGUCAUACGUGCACGUCAUUACGUCAUUGGAAGGUGCAGUGUUCGUGUCCAGCGGACAUGCAGCUCAUGGGAGACGGAAAAACCUGUCAGAACGUCCCUCCAUGUCAUGGCAAGACUCCCGUACAAAACCCGCUGACCAGACGUGAUUAUUUCUGUGGAAGAGGAGCUCCAAGGAAUGCCUGUCCUGCUGACUCCUACUGUCACAUUUCACCUGUUGAUGCGUUUGCCAAAUGCUGUCCGGCUCCUCUACCAAGUUACUCUGUGUUGGUUGCUGCCACUUCGUCAAUAUGGCAGCUCUUCGUGGACACCAAACAAGAUAGAGCCGUUUUUCAGAAGCUGCAGAUAGAUAACCCCGAGAUGGUUGUUGCACUGGAUUAUAACCCGGUUGAUAAGCGCAUUUAUUGGAGUGACACCUCAGCCAAUGCAAUAAAGCGAAUGUCAGUGAGUGGAGUUGGAGGAGUAGACACGUUGGUUUGGAAAGAUGUUGGAGUAGUGGAUGGUUUGACGCUGGAUGUGGAUGAUGAUUUACUGUACUGGACUGAUGUUACUUAUCAGAACAUACAGCGUGCUGACUUAGAUGGUGGAAACCGGAGGACGAUACUUAAAGGCUUAGAUAAGCCUAGAGCGCUAGUUCUUUAUAAGGCCAGAAGGUUUGUGAAAUCGCCUAGUUUGCUGGAGCGCAAUUGUUAGCAGGCUACUGUGGUACAAUAUAUGCUCCCAUACAUGACGUACCUACCACAGGCUCGAUUACCUGCAGCUGUUCGGGAUAAUAUGCCCGCACUACUUCGGAAGACCUGCGGGAAUCGUACCCGAGAGAGCGGCAAAUCGAGCCUGAAUUAUUAGCACAUAUUGGGAAUACUUAGUGUGCGAUAUUGGAUGGUGUUGACUAGAGUGGCGUUCUUGGCAACUUAUGAAAAAGCUCAUCGUGACAUGAGAAAUUUCAAGUAGUUUUUACCUUGUAAA